AUGGACGUACAGGAAUUUUUGAAUUGUAACAAAUUAAAAAUAUCAAAAGAGAAAAUUAGCAACCUCAAUAAAAAUAAAAUAGGAAUACUAAUUACAAAUUUAGGGAGCCCUGAAAAAUUAACCUAUUGGUCUUUAUAUAAAUAUUUAUCUGAAUUUUUGAGUGAUCCUCGAGUUGUAAAAUUGAACAGGUUUCUAUGGCUUCCAAUAUUAUACACAUUUGUACUACCUUUUAGGAGUGGCAAGGUCUUAUCAAAAUAUAAAAGUAUAUGGAUAAAGGAUGGAUCACCAUUAUGUGUUAAUACUCAUAAUCAGUGUUUAGCAUUAAAAAAGAUUCUAAACGAAAAGUAUGAUAACAAUGUUGUCAUCAGUUAUGGUAUGAGAUAUGGUGAAAGGUCCAUAAAAAAAGGUUUAGAAUAUCUACAUAAAGAAAACAUAAAUAAACUUUUAGUCCUCCCUUUAUAUCCUCAAUCAGCAGAAUGUACUGUGUCUUCAACUUUAGAUUGCAUAGGUAAGAAUUUAAAAAACUGGAGUAAUGUGCCUGAGCUUAGAUUUAUAUCUGGUUAUUGUUUUAAUGAUAUUUUUAUAAAUACAAUGAAAGAAAAUAUUGAAAAUUAUUGGACAAAUUAUGGAAAAAGUAAAAAAUUAAUUAUUUCUUAUCAUAGUUUACCUACAAGAAAUGUUAUUCAAGGAGAUCUAUAUCCUUUCUUUUGUAUUGAAAGUACAAAAAAAUUAGUUAAGGCAUUAAAUCUUAAUAAAGAUGAUUAUAUAUUAGUAUUUCAAUCAAAUAUAAAAGGACAACAAUGGAUAAAACCAUGUAUUGAAGAUACCAUAAUACAGCUAGCCAAACAAGGAUAUACACAAAUAGAUAUUGUUAGCCCAUCUUUCUCUUCAGAUUGUUUAGAAACUUUAGAAGAAAUAAAAAUACAUUAUCAACAAUUAUUUCGAAAAUAUUCAAAUGGUAAUUUAAGAUAUAUAAAUUGUUUAAAUGAUACAAAAAUUGGAAUCAAACUAAUAAUCAAUCUUAUUGAACAAAAUAUAAUAGGAUGGGUGUAA